ACUUUGGUCGGGCCUGGCAGCAGAAGUCAGUUAAGCAUUUAGCGCUGGAUCCCAGCCCCCAGGCCCUGUGGUUCUGCGUGCACCGCACCACCAAACACACAGGCCUCCGGAGGGGCAGCAAGUGAGGGAACAGCGCCCCCAAGCCCUGCUCAGAACUCAGGAAAGAAGAAAUAGGAGAGCCGGUGUCCAGCCAGGGAGGCCAGGUAAAACUCAUCAAUGCUUUGAAACAAACAGCUCUCAGCCGAAGGAAUCAUUUGAUACUUACAGAAAGUGAACUUUGGGUCUUCUAGAGGGGAUGGUGAAAGACAAGAAAAAAGCAGACAGAAGAGUGGAAAAGUCUGCCCGCUCUUCCUCAUCUCUCUCUGAUAACCCAGAGAUUUCUAAACUAGAUGACAAUUCUGCUAGACAAGAAAGGUCCCCAAGUCCCGGCCCACAGUCAGAAGUGCAGUUCCACGAACCAGGAUCCAAAAGGGAAUCCAGGAACCCGCAGCAGGAUGACGAUACCGGUCUGUACGAGGAGCCCGUGCUCAGCGACCUCGUUGAAAGCUAUGAAGGGGGAAGAGCGCAAGGCCUGCACGACAGAGAAGACUUCGCAGUCUUCCAAGGAGGCGGCGCCUACCGCGGGCGCUUUGUGAAGAGCAUCUCCGUGAACCUCAGCGUGCACACGUGGCCGGACGGCAGCACCUACAAAGGAGAAGUGGUCAACGGCAAGAGGAACGGGUUUGGUGUGUUCAAGUGCGUCACGCAGCCCAUGUCCUACAUCGGCCAGUGGUGCCAGGGCAAGAGACACGGGAUGGGCUGCAUUUAUUACGACCGAGAGGGUGCCUCUUCCUACGAGGGGAGCUGGGACCACAACGUCAGAAAGGGCUGGGGAGUAAGACGUUACAAAUCUGGAAAUGUGUACGAAGGUCAGUGGGAUGACAACGUGCGGCACGGGGAAGGCAGGAUGCGGUGGCUGACGACUAACGAGGAGUACAGCGGUCAAUGGGACAGGGGCGCCCAGAAUGGUUUAGGAACACACACCUGGUUUCUAAAGAGAGUCCCCAACUCCCAGUAUCCUUUGAGAAAUGAAUACAGAGGGAACUUCGUGAACGGGUAUCGUCAUGGCUAUGGGACGUUUUACUACGCCAGUGGAGCCACAUACGAGGGAGAAUGGGUUUUCAAUAAAAAGCACGGCAUGGGCCGCUUAACUUUCAAGAACGGGUGUGUGUAUACUGGCCUGUUUUACAACGACCACAUAGCGAAGUUUGCAGACACCGAGGAUGAAUUGACGGAUGACCCAGACCUGUGUGCCGACUCUGCCCUCGGGAGCCAGUUCCGAGGACCUUCCAGUGCCGAAAUCAUCAGAAAGCUUGAUGGCAGUGGAAGUAAUCCAGUGCUGGGCUCGAGCAUUGAGCUGGACCUGCGUUUGUUGCUACGGAUGUACCCUGAGAAAGACCAAGCAGAGGAACGGAAGCAGGUCGAGUAUGCUGUCUUAAGAAAUAUUACAGAAUUAAGAAGAAUCUAUAGCUUCUAUAGCAGCCUAGGAUGUGACCGCUCCCUGGAUAACACCUUCCUGAUGACAAAGCUUCAUUUCUGGAGGUUUCUGAAGGAUUGUAAAUUUCACCACCAUAAAAUCACUCUUGCUGACAUGGACAGGGUGUUAAGUGCCAACAAUGACAUACCAGUUGAGGAAAUUCAUUCUCCGUUUACAAAAAUCCUUCUGAGGACAUUUCUGAGUUACCUCGUGCAGCUGGCUCACCACAUUCAUCACAGAGAAUACCAAAAUCGGAGCCCCUCGCUGUUUCUGUGCUUCACGAAACUGAUGACCGAGAACAUCCACCCCAAUGCCUGCCAUGUAAACGGCCUGCUGUUCAGCGAGCAGCAGCAGACGCUGUACGCGAUGAAUUACGUCGACCUGACCUGGGAGGUGUACAAGGCGUACUGCCGGCCGCACCCCGCGCCGCCCCACGAGCUCACCAUGAAGGCGAGACACUUCCUCUGGAUGCUGCGGAACUUUAGAAUGUUAAGUAAAGAAUUAACAGCAACCAGAUUUGUGGAGGUCAUCGCAGAGGACAAUCCUUUCAUGUGUGACGGAAUUGACAGCAACUUGGAACUUGAGGUCUGUGAAGAGCUGACGCAAAUGCUGGUUUUCCUGGAAUUCUUUGAAGCUCUCUUAAGCUUCGCCUUCAUCUAUGUUACCGACCAGAUGACUAGAUCCUGUUUGAGUUCUCCAAACGACAAUUUCCCCGAAAGCAAAUACGGAAGCACUUGUAUGGCAACAAAUAAGAACAGGAGGAGUCUGAGUCUAGAAACGAGCCAGGAGUCCGACGUGCACUUUGGCAGCAUCAAGUCGUCCUCGGGGAGGUUAGGGUUCUCGCUUGACCUCGGCGAAAUCGAGGCGACAGAGGGCAAUUUCAAGAAGUCUCUAAGUGAUGAUAGAAUUACCAAAAUUAAUUUUCUAUCUGCAGGGAAAGCACUAACCUUUUAUUUACCUCAAAAUGAGAAGCAAGCAAGCCCCGAGGACGAGCAGGCCGCAAAGCUCCAUGCGUGGGCCAGCUGUGUGUGCUGCUUUUUCGUCAACGCACUCUUCCCGGCUCACAGGCGCGAAGAGACCCUCCAGGGGAAAGUGAGAGAGAACAAGGCCCAGCUCAUGGCCUUGGACAGGAACGGAGAAACGGUGGACAGCGUGGAGAGAAGAACCGCUGUCUGGGCUCAAAGCCAUGCAGACCUGUUGGUCCCGCGUGCAAACGCCUGCUUUCUGUGAAGUGUUCCUCGAGCCUGCCGCUCUGUUGAAGAAAGUACUAAACUGGACUUAAGGAAAAAGACUCAGAAGGAUUUUCAAAGGCUACUUACUAGCUGCCAGCUGCCAAGAGAAAAGUGGUUCACGAGUCACUGUAGAUAAGGUCGAGACGUGGUAUCACUGCAUUCCGGGCAACGUGACAGUAACCUAAUUUUUGUGAACAAAAGCAGAUCAGUUCUGUACACAAAACUGUAAACUGCCAUCUAGGUUUAGACUACUUUACACCACAGGGCAUAAAUAGUGGCUUUGAAAUUGCAAAGAAAAAAAAUACCUCCUUCUGUUUGCUUCUCGUGUUAGGCUGAAUAGCUUGAGAAAGGAAGAGCCCAAAAGACAAGACUAUGAGGUCCACAUCACCGUGAUCAAGGAGCCGGUGGAAGCCACGUCCUUGCAUCUGACACCGAGUCCCCCUAAAGAGGACACGGUGAUGGUCCAA